UCUUGGUCUUUAUUGCCCAUCUGAUGGAUUACCACCGCCAAAUUAAUUCCACUCAUUUUACUUUCGUUUCAGCACAAGCUGUCUGAAAUAAGACGGAACGUUGCAAACAAUGGCUAACAAAACAGAGGCCUCCAACUCAGGACAAAGCCAGAGCAACAAUCAUCCACAGUUGAGGAUUGUGUUAAUAGGAGGAAGAGAAUUAAAUGGAAUCGGCAGUGGUAAAAGUUCAGCUGGAAACAUCAUCCUGGGUCAAAAUGUUUUUAACACCAGCAUAAGAACAGCUCAGAGUGAAGCGAGGCAGCAGGAAGUAUUUGGAAGACAAAUCACAGUGGUUGAUACUCCAGGCUGGUGGUGGUUUUUUCCACGAGAAAACACCCCAAAACUGGAUCAGAUAGAAAUCCAGAGCAGUGUUCAUCUGUGUCCCCCAGGACCUAAUGUCUUCCUUCUGGUCAUUCCUGUUGGUUUAAAUUUUUCUACCCUUACCAUACCUUCAUUAAAAAAACACCUGGAGCUUUUUAAUACAGAUGUUUUUAGUCACACCAUUGUGCUGUUCACUGUGGUUGCUCCAGUUAGUGAUAAAAGGAUUGAAUCCAAUAUUAAAGCAAAUGCAACCCUGAAGUGGAUUCUUCAUCAAUGUGGAGACAGAAAGCAUGUUUUAAACAUCAGCAAUAGAGAUGACAGAGAUCAAGUCAAGCUGCUUAUUGAGAAAAUGGAAACAGUUGUUGGACAAAACAGAGGCAGACCCUUUUCCGUUGAUGUUUCUCAUGAAAAUGCUCUAAGGGAAGAAAUUAAACUCCUAGAGGAAAGAGCAUCCCAAAGGAAGGACAAAGCCCAGAAACAAAGACAAAAACUCAGAGCCCUGAUUGAAGGUGGAAAAGCUCUACCACAGCAUUUAAAACUGGUAAUUAUUGGUGCACAGUAUGCAGCCAGGAGCUCCACAGGAAACACAAUUCUUGGAAAGAAUGCAUUUGAGGUUAAUAAAAAUGGUAACAAAACAAUGCGCUGCCAAAUAAACCAGGGUUUCUUUCAAGAAAAACAGCUAACAGUGGUAGAUUCUCCUGGAUGGUUUUAUAAUCACACCCUUCAGACCACCAGUGAGAUGGAUAAACUGGAAAUAGAAAAAAGUGUGCAUUUGUGCCCUCCAGGACCACAUGCUAUCCUGCUUGUAAUUGUCCUGGCUACUGCAAUCAACCAAUCUUAUAAGAGAGCAGUUAGCAGGCACAUGAUGCUUUUUAGAGAAGAAAUCUGGAAACAUACAAUUGUUGUGUUUACCAGAGGAGACUGGUUAGGAGUGAAAACUGUGGAGGAGCGAAUAGAGAGUGAGGAGGGUCUACAGUGGCUAGUGAACAAGUGUGGGAACAGGUAUCAUGUACUUAAUAACAUGGACAAGAGUAAUAAGACCCAGGUAAAGGAGCUCAUUGAGAAGAUUGAAGAGAUGUGGGUAGGGAGUGAAGAUCCUUAUUAUGAAGUGGACCUGAACCGAGCAGAACAGAUAGAAGCUGAGAAAGAGGCUGGAGACAAAAUGGCCAUUAGGCUGAAGAGGAUUAAUGAGAGAAAGUCAAGAGUCCUAAAAGAGGUGUAUGGAGGAGCCCCAAGGCAGCCAGUGACUGACAUCAGGAUUGUUCUCGUUGGCCCAAAAUGUUCUGGAAAAAGUAUGGCUGGAAACAUUAUCCUUUUCAAGGAGAUGUUUGACCUUGCUUUUGACACAACAAGAUUAAGAGAGAUGUGUGAAGACCAAAGUAACUACACUACACCUUUGAAACAUGAGGGAAACUUUGAUGGAGUAAAAGUCUCAGUUGUAGAAACACCAGGCUGGUUCUCAGACCAAACACCACCUGACUGGAUCAGAGAGCAGCUUCUCCAUGGUGUCUCCAUGUGUUCUCCUGGACCUCAUGUUUUUCUCCUGGUUGUUCCGAUCUCCAGCUCUUUCACAAAGGAAGAUCUCAAAGCUCUGGUUAAAGUCUUGAAGCCAUUAUCAGAGAGAGUGUGGAGAUACUGCAUGGUGCUGUUUACCUGGGGAGACUGGCUCAGUGAUCUCCCUGUAGAGAACUACAUCGUGAGAGAGGGGAAAGAGCUCCAGAAGCUUUUGGAGAAAUGUGGGAACAGAUACCAUGUUCUAAGCCCCUACCGAUUUGGGGAUCCUGUUCCAGUUAAAGAGCUGUUCCAAAAAAUUAUUGGCAUUGUAAAAAGAAACGACCAACACUUCACAACUGAUGUUAAGCAAAGAAAAUUUCAGUUGCUACCUUGGCUAGCAAAAGAACACAUCUUGACUGAAGAGGAAUGGAAGAAAAGGGAGAAUGAGCUUAUGGAGCAGGUGAUGAAAGCUCUAACAGAAGAACCAGAGGAAGGAUCCGUGCCUUCUGUAAGGGUGGCAGAGAGCAUGGAUGACACGAAGUUUCCAUACAUGAGCGGAGAUGUUGCCUCAGAAUAUGGGAGCAUUUCAGAGUUUAGGAAUCAACAAGCUCAUGACCGUGUUGCUGAAUGGCUGAGGAACAGAAUGAAACGCUCUGAGGCCAGCUCAGGAAUCGUUAGUGAUUGUGCUUCAUCCACUCAUGAAACACUUGAUGAAGGUCUUCAAGUAGAAGUACCUUUUCCAGUAAAUAGCUUAUUCACAAAAAUGAAAACUCCUCUCCGAAUGUCUGUAAACACUGCAAAUGUUUUACGCAGGAACUCUUUUUAAGGUAUUAAGAAUAAUCCAAAAUAACACAAUUUAAGAAGUCAUUGUUAAAAUCUGUUUCUGAUAUUGGAGUAUUUUCAACAAUAUCAGCCAUAAUAACUCUAGUUUUUACAACAUCGUAAUAAGAAAACUCUUAUGUCUCUCAAUCUAUAACUGGGAAUUAUUUUUAUAGACGCAUUCCAGAGUUUUUUAAU